UUACUCAUGUCGUCUGCAGCGAUGAAGAUCACCAUUCUCCUCGCUGUCGUCUGCUUCUUCUGUCUCACAGUCGCAGAAGGUACAAACAACCCAGGAACGCUGAUUUCUGUCAAUGUGACCAAAGAUCAACCAUUUCUGUUCCUAAUUGCUCCACCUGCGCUGACGUUAGACCUGCACGGCGAGGACACCUUGUCGUUCUACUACAAAAGGACAACAGAUGAUGGCGGGAAAUUGGUUCUGUGGGCUGUCUCUGUGGAUGAGACAAUCGCUUCAGUGAAAACAGCAUCGGUCGAGUUAAAAGAGUUGGAUAUUUUACCUGAUGCAAACACCACCCUUACCAACGUUACAGCCAGCGGCAAUAUCACUUUACGUGGAGAAUUCUUAGGAUAUACUGAACUCAAAUUCUACGUCUGUGACAAUUCCUCAAGGGAAUGUAAUGGCAGUUCGUCUUAUCAACAUGGUGGCGUUUUAGCAGACGACGUAUGGCUCCUCCUUGAAUUCCAAUACGACGUGACUGUUAUCCGUAAACAUCGACUCGUGGAUGACAUCUUCAGGGCGACAAUCGCCAUUUUGGUUAUCUUUAUAAACGUUGCCAUGGGUUGCAAGGUCCAGCUGGAUAUUGUUAAGGAGGUCCUGAGGAAACCUGUGGCGCCAGCUAUCGGUUUCUGUUGCCAAUUUGCUUUCAUGCCCGUGCUGUCGUAUGCUGUUGCCAAGUUAGCUAGCCUGUCCCCAGGAGAGACCAUAGGCGUCUUCACUCUCGGUUGCUCCCCUGGUGGAGGAGCCAGUAACAUCUACACCUACCUCAUCGGUGGAGACGUCAGCCUUAGCAUAACGAUGACUCUGAUCAGUACCUUUGCCUCAUUCGCCAUGGUGCCACUCUGGAUGUUCACCUUGGGUAGAUACAUCCUGGAGGAUCUCGGCAGAGGUGAAGUCAACAUCCCGUACACCAACAUUAUUGCGACAUUGGCGGGAAUUCUCUUACCAGUUGUCAUAGGAAUAGUAAUACAGAAAAAGGCGCCAAAGGUUGCGAAGUAUAUCAAGAUGAUCAUCAGGCCAUUCCUAUUCGUUUUUCUCCUUUUUAUGUUCACCUUUGGAGUUUGGGUGAAUUGGCCACUUUUCCAGUUGUUCAACACAAGAUUGGCCUUCGCAGGGUUUACAUUGCCCUUAUUUGGAUUCGCCAGCGGAGGGAUUGUAGCGGCCAUCUGUCGAUUGUCAUGGAAACGGGUCAAAACUAUCGCCUUGGAAACUGGAAUACAGAAUACAGGGGUGGCAAUAGUUAUGCUUUUAUUUUCCCUCCCAGCGCCCGAGAGUGACUUUUCGAUCAUUGGCUGUAUUGCGAUUUCGACUUGUACUCCUAUAGGCCCACUCUCAGCUGCCAUCUUUUAUGAGGUUAAGAGAAGAUGUGAGAAAAAGAAGGAAGAGAAGGGCGGAGACGGUGGCGCCACCGACGGAACCGACGGCGAUGAUGAAAAUAAAGAAGGAGAAGAGGAAAUGAAGGAUGUCAACAAGGCAGCAAACGGAAGUGCAAAUGAGGACGACUCGCUUAAAGUUGAUCGCCAGCAUUAUCGCCGAAGGAGUUCUCAAGUCAUUUUACCAUUUUAAAUAAUCUAAUUUACAAUUUGCCGCAGCCGAGUUAAAGGCUAUGUAGCCUCUAGUUUAGUGAGAAGCUGCCGCGGACCCGGCAGCAGCGUAGUUUUAUAACUCUGCCAGUCAAGUCAACAUGACUAAUAAACCUCUAGUUUAAUUUUGCGUUCGGCUAUUAGAAAUAAGGGGCCCGGUGGCGAUGGUCAAUUUUCUCUGGGCAACACAACCACCUUUAAUGACUUUUAUGAUAGUUAGGAUUAUGUUUAUUGAGAUAUAAUUUAGAACAGAGACUACAUGUAUUGAAGAAUUUACGGAGUCAUUAUAGUCAUUAUCUAAUUGUCGGGUCGAUUAAUAUGGUUGUCCUGAGAUUGUAUGCCUGCACACCGUCCGCGUCCCGGCGGUUGUCUUUGCUGAAGAGAGUGUCCAAAUGUUUAA